AUGGCUCUACCAAGAAGAUCAAAGAGAAACCUCAAAAUUUGCUGUGGUGCUUCAGCAAUAGGCCUCAUCAUUCUUGUAGUUGUUUCUGUCACACUAGUUUUUACUGUUUUCAAGCCUAAAGAUCCCUUGAUCAAACCCUUACCAGCAAAGCUAGAAAAUGUUCAAUUUCAAUUGUUUCCAACCCUAAGCCUAAAUGCAACAAUGGGAAUAAACGCCACCAUUUACAAUCGAAAUUAUGGAGGAUUUCAGUUCAAGAACUCCACAACUUUUGUUGAUUACCGUGGGAUGAAUAUCGCUGCAAUCCCGCUUGAAGAAGGAAGUGUUCCAGCAAGGGGAAAGCUUAAUAUUAGCACCAUUGCUAAUAUUACUGCAGAAAAGCUGGUUACAAGUCCAUAUUUUUGGCAAGAUUUUGGUUCUGGGCGUUUGAACUUUACAUCAACUGCAAAUUUGCAUGGUAAAGCGGUUGUGCUGAACGUUUUCAAGUUUGAUGCAAAGGUCUUUAGCACUUGUGACAUUUCUGUUCAAGUUCUCAGUCAAGAAGUUGAUGUCGAUUGCACUGCCAAACUCAAGCUAUAA